AUGCCGCGGCCAGGGAAGAGCUCCUACAGCGACCAAAAGCCGCCCUACUCGUACAUCUCGCUGACCGCCAUGGCCAUCCAGCACUCGGCCGAGAAGAUGCUGCCGCUGAGCGACAUCUACAAGUUCAUCAUGGAGCGCUUCCCUUACUACCGCGAGCACACGCAGCGCUGGCAAAACAGCCUGCGCCACAACCUCUCCUUCAACGACUGCUUCAUCAAGAUCCCUCGCAGGCCGGACCAGCCCGGUAAGGGGAGCUUCUGGGCGCUGCACCCCGACUGCGGCGACAUGUUCGAGAACGGCAGCUUCCUACGUCGCCGCAAGCGCUUCAAGGUGCUGCGCGCCGACCACGCUCACCUGCACGCUGGAGGCUCCAAGGGCGCACCGGGCGCGGGGCCCGGAGGGCACCUGCACCCGCACCACCCGCACCAUCACCAUCACCACCAUCACCACCACCACGCCGCUGCGCACCACCACCACCACCACCACGCCGCACCCCCGCCGCCGCCUCCGCCCCCGCCGCCGCCGCACAUGGUGCACUACUUCCAUCAGCAGCCGCCGCCCGCCCCGCCGCCGCCACCGCCGCCGCCGCACCUCCCGUCGCAGCCCGCGCCGCAGCCGCCCCAGCAGGCGCAGCCUCAGCAGUCGUCUCACCCCGGCAAGAUGCAGGAGGCGGCUGCCGUGGCGGCGGCGGCGGCCGCGGCCGCGGCCGCGGCAGUGGGCAGCGUGGGGCGCCUGUCUCAGUUCCCACCCUACGGGCUGGGUUCGGCUGCCGCCGCUGCCGCCGCCGCGGCCGCGUCCACCUCCGGCUUCAAACACCCGUUCGCCAUCGAGAACAUCAUCGGCCGGGACUACAAGGGCGUGCUGCAGGCUGGAGGGCUGCCCUUGGCGUCUGUCAUGCACCACCUGGGCUAUCCCGUGCCCGGCCAGCUCGGCAACGUCGUGAGCUCGGUGUGGCCGCACGUGGGCGUCAUGGACUCGGUGGCCGCGGCCGCCGCUGCGGCCGCCGCCGCCGGAGUCCCUGUCGGGCCGGAGUACGCGGCCUUCGGGGUGCCAGUCAAGGCCCUAUGCCACUCAGCGAGCCAGAGCCUGCCAGCUGUGCCAGUGCCCAUCAAGCCCACGCCUGCGCUGCCGCCCGUGACCGCGUUGCCGCCGGCGCUCGCCGUCCCCGCAGCCUCCCAGCAGCCGCCCGCGCCUUCCACCGUGUGUUCUGCAGCCGCAGCCUCGCCCGCCGCCUCCCUGCUGGAGCCCGCGACCGCGAGCGCGGCCGAGAGCAAGGGCGGCUCCCUGCACUCGGUGCUGGUGCACUCGUAG